ACGACAACAUGAAGGUCUUAAUUCACCAUUACAAAGGAAUCAAACAUACCAGUCCAAAGCUCAAACAGUUUUACGGGUGUGGAAUUCGGCAUGUUCAACCUCUAAAACAGAACGAAACACAAGCGAGAGCCGAUGAGAUUGCCAAAGGAUAUUCGUAG